CGAGCUUGCUCUCUCCCUCCCUCGCCCUGGCUCCUCCCCUCCCCCCACCCGCCCUGCUGGCUCCCUCCAGCCUUUCUCCCGCCAUGGACCGCCUCUCCCCUGAUGUCGUGACGUGGACCUCGAAUUUAGACUUCACUAGUUCUCCCAAAUCUACACCUAGCCCAGCCGUGCCUAGUGCUAACUACGACGGUGGAUGUCGAUUAGGGUUAGCUCAUCACGUCACAGUCAGCCUAAAUGAGAUAGGGAAUGGUUUCAGCCAUGGAACGAGCGAUGCCAAUGGCGACGGUCAAGCUCUAGCCACUCUUGCUAGGACUAUCCCAGUCGCCGCCGGCGCCGCUGGCGCCGCUAGCGCUGCUGCCGCCGCUGCCGCCGCUGGCAAGAUUCUGAAUGGAGGAUGCCGCUUACUUGGCGAGGAAGAGAGAUGGCCGCACGAUGAGCGAUAUCAGCCGCACGAUGAGCAAUAUCAGCCGCACGAUGAGCAAUAUCAGCCGCACGAUGAGCGACAUCACCCGCACGAUGAGCGACACCACGACGAUGUCGCGGGCGUGCCAGCCGUUGUUGCUGUUGCCGCUGCCGCCGCCGAGUCCGCUGCUGCGGACGGAGCUUAUGAAGAAGGAGCCUCACGUCGCCAUCACUCGUCGGCGUUGGCACCGACCGCAACGGCCGAAACUGCAGCGGUGACACAGAGACAGAAACUCCCUACGGCCGAACCUUGUGUAGAAGAAAGCAGCAGAGCAGCAGGAACCUUCCUUGCUAGACCGCAAACGCAAGCAAAUGGGAAUGUUUUCGAGGUGCGGGAUAGAGAGCAGCCGACGAUACGCGAUCGUGCUUCUGUCGCCGCGUACGACCCUGCUGCUCCCUCAAAUGGCACAGCUCGUGCCCGUGACGCCUCACCACUUCCCGGUCCCGUACCGUCGGCGUCCGUUACCUCGAGUGCCGCCAAUGCCCGGUCUCGCACCGAUUCCCCGUCGAAUCCCAGUUCACGGCCCAAUGGUGGCGUCAAUGGCGGGGUUGUUCCAGUCGAAGCGUCCUCGUGCUCCCCGUGCAGGCAUGAGCCAUUUGGAAACGGCAGAGAAGCAGGGAGAGAGGGUGCGAAUGGAGCGUUACCUUCUGGGACUGUUUUCAGAGAAGGGAAACUCGGUGGUGGUGGUGGUGGUGGUGGUGCGGGGGCAGGAGGGCUGGGAGGAAGUGAAGGAGGUGGGGCUGUGAUUGUAAGGAGAGUGACGGCUACUGCUGCACCGACUGCGGAACCAGCCAUUGCGAGACAGCCGUCCGGAAUCUCAGGUGCAGCAAUGCCGGCUACAGCAAUGCCGGCUACAGCGGUGUCGGCUACAGCAAUGCCGGCUACAGCAUUGCCGGCUACAGCAACAUUUCCGGCGAUCUCAACGACAGUCGUCGACGGCACGGGGCAAUCACCGCCUCCACGACCUGAUCGCGCGCCCACCACUUAUCCUCUCGGCAUCACUCCCCGCUCUGUAGCAGCAGCAGCAGCAGCAGCAGCAGCAGCUGGAGGGGGAGUCGGUGGAGGAGAAGCAGGAGUAACAGGAGUAGCAGGUGUAGCCGUCCUUGCAGGUGCCAAUGCAGCAGGCUUAUCACCUUCUACCUCUUUAAAGUCGACCUCGAUAACACUCCCGCCCGUGCAGCAUCAAGCAGCAGCGGGUGUCAGCAGGCCUCCUGUGCGUGUGAGCAGACCGGGUGUCGUGGCACCGAGCAGGUUACCUGAACGCGCUUCAGCGGGUGUUACAGCGAGUGUUACAGCGAGUGUUACUGCGGGUGGAGCAGGCGCGAGGAAGGCGCCAGAGCUUGCGGCGGGGCUAGCGCCAGGCAGGGUAUCUGAAAGUGGUCUAGUGGUUGCUGCAGGGCGGGGAAACAGGGCACCCGUGCUAGCGUCCGCGCCGGUCCCUGCUCCAGUGGCAGCAGCAGCAGGAGCAGCACUCGGUUCUGAGCGAACGGGAGAGGGCAGGCAGGCAGGAGGGAGUCUGGAUCGGGACACCGCCAGCGGCCUUGUUUCCUUGCCUUUGUCGGUGCCUGAAGCGCAGCUACAGGAGAAACAGGGAGAACAGUUGUCGCCGCCUCAGCAUCCGCAGCAGGAGAUAGAGGUGCAGCAGCCGCAGCAGCCGCAGCAGCAGCAGCAACAGGACCAGGGCGCAUGGCAGCGUGUACCGAGCUGCUCUUCAACUGUUUCUGACGUGAGUGUGCCAGACGUUUUCCACUCAGGCCAGUACCCCGCAAUGGAUUGUCCAAACUCUUUGCAGACUCCUGUUGCUGCUGGUGCUGCUCCGGCUGCUGCUGCUGCUGCUUCGCCGCUGUCGCUUCCUCCCCCUGCGCCACAACCGCUGGAGAUCCCGACUGGAUAUGGCGCAGUCCCUAGCGAAGCUAUUAUCGGGGGGAGGAAUGGGGGAGUGAUCGUUCCCGCCGCUGACCCAGGCGCUGCAGCGGAGCAAGGGCAAGGGCAGGGGCAAGGGCAAGGGCAGCAAGGGGCGGAGAAGGGCGGGAAGAAGGACAGGAAGCGCGACCGGCAUAAGAAAGCAUCGGAUGGCCGGAACCCGAUGAUCCGGCUGAAUCCUGGGACGGCCGACCGUUUCUUCGCGAUCCAACGGCUGCUGGAGAGCAAGCGCGCGAAGCGGACAUCAGGAUCGUUCGUGAUCAACUGGCUGAUUGAUAUCUCGCAUGCGAGCAUCCAGGGGGUGGUGGAGGAGGAGGGGCAGGCGGGGGAGGGGCUCGGGUUCGGCUUGGUGGGAGGGUUCAGUGGAAACCGCGGGGAUAUGGAAGGGGAUGAGGAGGACGAGGAGGAGGAAGAGGAGGAGGAGGAGGGCCAGGGCCUGAUUCCCGGAUUUUCAGGGCUGGUUAUGGAUCAUGGGCAGGUGCUGAUUGAGGGGGAUUUUGGACAGGCCUUGGAGUGGGAGCAGAGUAUUCCGCAGCAGAUGCUUUUGCCUGGUCAGCAGUCGCAGGUGCAGUGUCUGCAGCAGGUGCUGCCUGCGCUGCUUCCUCCUCCCCCACAGCAGGUAGACGUGCAGCUAGCCCUCCCGCAGCAUCCGUUCCAGCAGCACCCCGAGCACCAGCAGCAGCAACAGCAACUGGUGCCAGCGCCGCAGUUCCAGCAGCAGCAGCAGCAGCAUCAGUUGAAGCAGCAGCAGCAGUCUCAACAGCAGCAGCUGCCUCAGCAGCAGCCUCAGGUUCAUCAGGAGAUGGGUUUCCAUGAGAAGCUGGAUCAUUUUCGAGAAAUUCUGGAGCAGACUACCUGAGCCUGAUAAGAGCACACCCUGUCAAACAUGCGACUUAGCAUGGCCCCAAGCGAAUGUUCGUAUGACCAUGUUAGAGCUGUUGUGGACCUCAGUCAAGCGAGGAUUUUAGCUACCCUAGUCAGAACCAUCACCUCUGGUGCAAUAAACACUGACGAGGAUUCAGUGACAAGCUCUGAUCCCUAGGCGAAUUCUUUUAUUCUUAGUCCCCCGUUGCACAUUGGAGGGUAUUGGUAAGGUAUUGGGAAAAUAGUAGAAUUAGUUUUGUAGUUCAGUAUGGAUUGUUGGUUUAUGUGU